AUGGUCAAAUUAUACGGUUUCUCCCCUUCCACAUGCACUCGUCUCGUCGCUCUCAUCUGCAAGGAGAAGGAGAUCCCAUAUGAAUUGAUCUCUGUCAACCUUGGCAAAGGCGAGCAGAAGGACGCGUCUUUCACCGCUGUUCAGCCAUUCGGACAGGUCCCAUACAUUGAUGACAACGGGUUCUUCCUAUAUGAGUCCCGCGCGAUCGCAAGAUACCUCAUCAAGAACUACCCCAACCAGGGCACUCCCGGAUUGAUUCCCAGUGACGCCAAGGCUGAGGCCCUCUUUGAACAAGCAGCUUCGAUCGAGACGUUUAACUUCAACGCCUUCGUCGCGCCCAUCGUCUUCGAAAAAUUGUUCAAGCCGCGCCGUGGUCUGCAACCAAAUGAGGAGCGUGUCGCCGAGCUGUUGGCGGCCCUCCAAGGCAAGAUGGACACGUAUGACUUGAUCCUCAGCAAACAGAAGUACCUUGCUGGCGACUCUGUCACGCUCGCUGAUUUGUCGCACUUGCCUUAUGGCGCUGCGUUUUACCAAAUUGGCUUCUCUGAGGUGUUUGACAGCAGGCCUAACCUCUCUAGGUGGUGGAAGGACAUCUCUAACAGGCCUGCUUGGCUUGCUGUCAAAGACGGUGCAUGA